CCCAAGGCGAAGGCCCAGAACAAGAUACGAAAGCGUGCGCCAAAGGCAUGUCUCUCUUGCAGAGCACGCAAGGUCCGUUGCGAUGUGUCGCAGCGCGGCAGGCCCUGCAUGAAUUGCUAUCUUGAUAGCGAGACAUGCGUAGUGACGGGUAGGGCAUCUAGGUUCCGUCGAGCUCAUCGCGAACCUGGUGACAGUGUGCGAGCUUCGUAUCCUCCAUAUCCUCCUCCAGAUGGCUCCGAGCGACAGACUGCGGAGGCUGUCGUCAAAUCUAGGCUUGAUGGGCUUCCAAUGCCCCCGCCCGCCGCGUCUGUACAGCCUUUGUCCACGGUUGAACAUGAGGCAACAAACACAUGUACGCCCGAAGCUACCACCAAAGUAGACGACAAGCCUCGCGAGGACGUGGGUCCCGAUACUAGUGCAGAUAGUCUUUACGUUGCACCACCCGCACCCCUUGCGACGGCACGAUCCCCCGAGGAGAUCCGACCACAAACACACGCCUCUCAAGCUAUGCCUUACUCAACGAGAACUUUCCAGAACGAUACUGACUUUUCGCUUGGGCACAAUCACUGGAGUUUGGAUCAUCCGAUGGGACUCAGCGCAGAGGUCGUCUAUUCAUACUACCCGUUCUUGACGAUCAGCAACUUGCCGAAUAUACCUCCCCAGGACGUCAACUUCCUCGAGUUACAAGGAUGUCUACGCGUGCCGACACGAGCUUUUCUGGACGAGUUUCUGCAGCAGUACUUCCUCCAUGUUCACCCGUUGUUGCCACUGGUGAAUGAAGGAGAGUUUUGGAAUAUAUACAGCCCAGGAAAGAGCUCAGACGGCGCCAACGAUAGAGUUUCCCUGCUUGUGCUUCAGUCUAUACUAUUUGCCUCGUGCAAUUUCGUAUCCAGGGGGACCAUCAAGGCUUUGGGCUACCCAAGCAUCAGAGCCGCCAGAGGAUCCUUGUACAGGCGUGCCAAGUUGCUUCACGACCUGGAAUCUGAAUCAUCGCCACUCGCAAUUGCGCAAGCAGCACUACUCUUGUCGUAUUGGUCGCCGUCUUCGACUAGGAAUCCGAACACUUCGUGGCUGAGUCUCGCCAUACAACACGCAAAGGGCGCCGAAGCCCAGCAUUAUGCAGCAAUGCCGCUGUUUCCUGCCGAAACUCAUCCACUGCAAAGGAAAAAGCAGAACAUCCUGAAGCGGAUCUGGUGGUGUUGCAUCAUCCGUGAUCGAACUUUGGGCUUGCUCAUGCGGCGACCUAUACAGAUUACUAGAGCGCAUUUCGACUUCGAUUCGAAUCCAACAUUUGGCCUCGCCGACCUGGCGGAUGAGUUCAACCGAUCCAGAGUUUACAAUGGCGAGACCAAAAGAUGCCUUGGUGGUAUUUUGGCCCAGCUCAUUGAGCUAUACAUUGUUUUGACCGAUAUAUUGAUGCUGGUGUUUCCAUUGGACGACACACCGGGCUGGGGUCGAGACAUGAACCUCGAGGACGUCGACCGUGUGAAAGAGUGCAAGAUGGCCCUGAGGCGAUGGAACAAGGACUCUACCCUCCGGUUUCCCAUGUUCAGCGGUGGGCAGACAACGCAGUCGAUGGCCGGGAGGAGGCACCAGUGCAGUCACGAUUCAGUGAUCCUGUACACCAACCUCAUGUACAUGUACUAUCACUCGACCCGAGUCGUGCUGUGUCACCACGAGAUUCUUCACCUGGCUAUACUGCAAGCGGCACCCAACAGCGAUGACCGUAUCACACGGGACUUAUCUGUCAUCUAUGAAAACCGACACGAGCUCCAGGAUGCUGCUUCUGGGGUCACCGAAUGCCUGAAAGAGCUCGUUCACCUCAAGUUGGCCCGUUGGCUGCCCAUCUCGGCAGUUGCAUGCACUGCGCUGCCUCUUGUUCUGAACAUACUCGAUGUCAAGCUAUCAUCCUCAGCAAGUGAAUCCAAUCUUGACUCAAACGCCGCUUCUGCGCUGAAGCAGCAUCGGCUGAACAUUCUCAUUGAAGCCAUGCGGACUUAUCAACCACAGUACGACGGCGUGGACUGGGUCAGCGAGAUUAUCCGGCAUAUUGUCAACCUUGCUCAGAUUGAGAAACCAGCGUCCCGUGUACCAGGCACGAAGGCGGGCAUCAACGAUUGGACGGACAUUCUGGCAUUGCAGCCGAGCUCGUAUCUCCGGCUGGCAUUGGCGCUGGAUCUAAGUCUUAGCAAGGGGAGGCUCCCUGAGGACGGCGACUUCCCCGUGAGCCUCCGCGGCCUCUUCACGGGUGGCUUUAGCCCGCUCAAGUCGCUCGUCGAUGCCAACAGAUUCGGUGGGCAGGCCAGGGCACCGGACACUGAGUUUUCAGAGUCGCAGCGCUCGAAUGUCGGCCAGAGGCAUCAGUCGCAGGAAGAGCUUGACUCGCAAGGCUCAAACCAGUCCCCUACUGAUUCGUACAUGACCAAAUCAGAUGAGGCGGCACACGAGGUCCUUCGCGACCAAAUACGUUCUCGAAUCAGACUUGAUCGGCCAGCGGGUACCAACAUGCCCCCUUCCGAAGGAUUGGAUGGACUGGGACCGUUGGGCAACGAUGUUUUCUCGCUAGAUGAGUCGCCCAACUCAACGAGCGACUUUGGUGGCAUGUACAUUGACGGGCCGAUGCCUGACGUCUCUGCCGAGUGGAUCGAGAACCUCUGGGGUGAAAUGGGGGAAAUGGAAGACAAGACAGACAGGGACACUGCAAGGGUCCUUCUAGAAGCCUUGAAAGAAGGCGACAUGGGGGAGUGUGUACGCUGAGUUCCGUGGAGAAGAACCCCUUGUCACGUUAUUAGAAAACCUGAGAUUGGCUUAUUUCUAUUAAUAAUUAUU